UAGUAAGGCCGUGGUAGAAAUCGAAGCUAAAAAUCAAGAUUUAGAAGAGGCUCAAGGAUGGGAAAAUAUCUGUUUAUUUUGCGGAAGGAGAUUGUCGGAAUAAGCCCGGAACUCCACCAAUGAGGAACACUUCAAGGAAGAAAGCUGCCGUCACCGCUGCCAUCUUUUCUAGAAGACUAUAACGACCGAUUAUCGCGACAGAACUAUAACGACAGGAAUAGCUUUAACGUGGGGAUUGUUCUGAGUAGUUAUGAAGCAAUCCAGCAAGAUGACAACUUUGGCCCAGAAAAUGGCAACGAUCGUCAAGACCGCUAGACGCUAGUUGGUGCAGUUUAGCUUCCGGCGUUCCAUAUCGCACAGGCACCAUGGACUGCAUCAACUGGAUGCCAGUUGUCUCGACGCUCGCUGCCAUCGUCUGGGCCGUCCUGGUAGGUCAUCAUGUGAUGUCGCUGUCGGUUAUCGUUUGGUGUUCGGACUGAUGAUGUGUGUGGGCUGAUGACGGAGAACCUUCUGAUGCCAGGAUACGGAUACCUCACAUCUCCCGCCCUGCCUGUCUGCCCGUCGACCUGUUUUGCUCCAUUGCUUGAGAUUGAAUUCGGUUGUCAUGUUGUCAUGAGAUUUCUAUCAUUUUGAUUACUUUUAUAUUAAAAUCUCCCGUAACUGCCCCCACGAAAACUUGGCCUUUUUGUUUUUGUUUUUAAGUGCAACCAUCGAAAUUGUUUGGCAAUCGUAGCGCCCUGAAGGAAUCACCCCCAGCCUUGGUGUCACCUCUCGGCAUGCUCCGCCGGUGCAUCGGCAGGCAGAUGCAGUGUCUGCUGGCUUUUCCCCGACCUCCCCCUCUCAUACAGGCCACCUCCUGUUGCCAGCGAUACAUAUCGCGAGGGCCGUUCUUCGGUCCGAGCUUCUUUCAAGGUCAGAUCAAGUGGAUCGAGAAAAAGCGACCGCCCCUCGGUCCGCUGCAGUUUGACCCCCCGAUGUCCUGCGACAUCCUCUGCACGGAUGUGAACGAGCCGGGUCCAAGCGGGGUUAGUAAGCAAGUCAGACAGGUCCAGCAGCGCGUAUGCCUUGUCGGCCAAGUUCGUAGACUGAGUGACAAAGGACCUGCUGGUCCCAAAAAAGUCUCAGUCUGCAUGUUUAGCCGAAAGGGUAAGCUGUACCACAAGGACAACGACAAGAAAACAAUGGAAACCUGCCUGGACAAGCGGAACAAGUGCUUGUGCGACAAAUGGCGGCCACGUCCCAGACCCAAAAAGCGCAAAAAGGAGAAGAACAUAAGGAAGCGCUUGGAGGAACUAAUGGAGGAGGGUCCAGAAAGAUCUUUUGAAAACGAACAUCUCAAGCUAACUGCCCCGAAAAAUUCCAAUGAAAGACAUCCAUCCAGGUCCCAGUCCGAUGACAGCGAUUCGUAUUACGAUUGUGAGGAGCCGAAGUUCACGAUCAGUAAUUUUAUAAACAUGCUCCGAGAAAAGUCCGAGGAGAUUAAGGAUCAACUGCGCGAGGGAAAACUGGCCGAUCAUCGAAGAAGAAACCAACAGGAAGAUGAGCUUAUUUUAAAAUACAAGGACUUGUACGAAAAGGAAAUGGCGAAAAAGGUCAGAUCGUGUGAUGGUUCGUCUGUUACGAAUCCUCCACCUAUACAGAAAGAACCACCUCAAUCGGUGAGCAACCCAAACCUCGAAGAGCCCCCGAAGAGCCAAGCCUGUGAGACAGAAGAGCCAAGAGCUUGUGAGACAGAAGAGCCCAAAUCGAUCCUGAGGCCCACUUCACAUCAAUUCGAGACAAGAAAGCAGGUUAAAUUAGACCAAUUGGUUAAUUACGUUAGGGAGAAGAACAAGGAAGCUAUGAACAACCUAAAGGGAUGUGACAAAUUAAUCAAGGAGUGCGAGUGCCAAGUUCAGGGACUGGCUUCCGCUCAAAAUUCCAAAAAACCUGAGUGUCCUGAAGCAGCAAAUAAAGAAGGUAAGCAUCCCUAUCCUAAUUACGUAGUAAAAUACGAACGUUAUUGGCCAAAAUCCAAAGCAGCGAAUCAUAAGCAGGAAAAGAAUGAACCCUGUAACAACGAUACUCCAAGGGCACAAAUUUCCGACUCAUCCAAUAGUGAAAAAUAUAAAAUCGAUAUGGCAGAUUUCAAGGGAAAACUAGAGAGAUGUGAGAGACUUCAGGUUCAGAUAGCGGACAUGGUAUCCAAGUGCAUCAGCCUGGUCAUGGGAAACGUAGAGAAGGAGCCCCAAGCAUCUUCCCCAAAGAAGAGUGCCAAGAAGGAAGAUGAUCAUUCCUUCCGUUAUCAGCGGAACUGCAAUGAACCAAUUCAGUCAACCGACGCUAUUGGCACCACGAAAAGUUCCGACAAGAGACUCGGUGGCAAGGAGACCUCCAUUCUAAAAAGCCCCGAAACGACUUCUUCCAUCAAGAGGAUCCACGCCAAGCUAUAUUCUUCUCAGAAGGUCGACAAACCUCCCUCACAAUAUCUGACGCAACAGGUCGAUAAUAUAAUCAGGCAGUGCGAGGACUUGAAAAAUGAGUUCGAAAUGAGGUUGCAUUCGACCUUUUCGAAGAGUUCCGUACCAAACGCGGGUUCUAAUAAAGCUUUCCGAAAACAAAGUCCUGUAGAAAUGGAAAUGAGAAGACGGUGCACAUUGGACGCUUUGAAAAAGAAAUGUGAAGACGCGGCAAUAAAGAAAGAAGCGGGUAAUGAUGAAGAGGACGAUGAAGUUGAAGUCUUGAGGAAGAAACAAGCCGAACUGAAAAAAAGACUGGAAAAAGCCAAGCUUAAAAAACAAUGUGCUCUAAUCCGUAAGGCGAUCGAAGAGUCCGAAGACGACAAUCUCCAAGGACCAAGUGAAGUGACAUUUUUGGGAGAAUGCAGAGCGGCACUCAAAAGUAGAUUCGCAAGAGAGGAUCAGAGAAGGAAAUGGGCGGAAAGCUAUUUAAGAGAAAAAAUUGAAAAGAUAAAAAGAUUCGAUCGCUCCCUUUCUUCGAAGAGGAGUCCCACGCAGCUCGGCUUUACCCAGAAAUCUUCAAUUGAACUUAAGAAGAAUCAAGUAGAUCCUGUGAUGUCGAAGAAAUGCGACGAAGAAGAGUUUAUAAAGAAAUCUGCUGAAGAAGACUUCAAAAAGAAAGUUGCCCAGAAAGACUUGAAGAAGAAAUGCGCAGAGGAAGAGUUGAACAAGAAAUGUGCCGAGGUAGAGUUGAAGGAGAAAUGUGCCAAGGAAGAGUUGAAAAAUGAAUGUGCCAAAAAAGAGUUGAAGAAGACAGGUACCCGGGAAGAGUUGAAGAAGAAAUGUGCAGAGGCAAAGUUGAAGAAGAAAUGCGCUGAGGAAGAGUUGAAGAAGAAGUGUAGCGAGGAAGAGUUAAAAAAGAAAUGUGCCGAGGAAGCUUUAAAGAAGAAAUGCGCUAAGGAAGAAUUGAAAAAGAAAUGCGCAGAGGAUGAGUUGAAAAGGAAAUGCGCCGAAGAAAAGUUGAAGAAGAAAUGCGCCGAGGACGAGUUGAAGAGGAAAUGCGCCAAAGAAGAGUUGAAAAAGAAAUGCGCUGAGGACGAGUUGAAGAAGAAAUGCGCCGAGGAGAAGUUGAAAAAGAAAUGCGCUGAGGACGAGUUGAAGAAGAAAUGCGCCGAGGAAAAGUUGAAGAAGAAAUGCGCCGAGGAAGCUUUGAAGAAGAAAUGUAGCGAGGACGAGUUGAAGAAGAAGUGCGCUGAAGAAGAGUUGAAGAAGAAAUGCUCGGAGGAAGAUUUGAAAAAGAAAUGUGCAGCAGACGAACGAAAAAGGAAAAAUGAAGAGAUGCAGUUGAGGUUAAAGUGCUUUGAAGCGAAACUAAAAAAGAAAUGCGAAAAAAUAAAGAAUGAUGAGCUGAAAGAGAAGAACACUGAAGAGAGCUUAAAAAACAAAGGUCGCGAAGAAGAACUUAAGAAAAAAGACAAAGAAAGUUCCCAAGAAAAACUAAAAACGAAAUCUGCCAAAGACGAGAAAAAGAAGAGGGCAGAAGAGGAAAAAAAGAAACUCUACAAAGAAAAAGAAAAUAAUAAAAGCACCGAAAAAGACUUUAAAAAGAAAUGUGACCAAGCAGCACUUAAAGAAAAAUGCGCUGAAGAAGAAUUGAAAAAGAAAUGUGCCGAAGAAGAAUUGAAAAAGGAAUGUGAAGAAGAAGAAAUGAAAAAGAAAUGUGCAGAAGAAGAAAUGAAAAAGAAAUGUGCAGAAGAAGAAUUGAAAGAGAAAUGUGCAGAAGAAGAAUUGAAAAAGAAAUGUGCAAAAGAAGAACUGAAAAAGAAAUGUGCAGAAGAAGAAUUGAAAAAUAAAUGCGCAGAAGAGGAGAAAAAAAAGAAAAGAGCGGAAGAAGCACUGAAAAAGAAAUGUGCCGAAGAAAAAUUAAAAAAGAAAUGCUCUGAAGAAAUGAAUAAGAAGAAACUUUCCGAAAAAGAGGUCAAAGAGAAAUCUGACAAAGAGGAACUUAAGAAGAAAGGCAAAGAGGAAGACCUUAAGAAAGAAUCAGAAGAAAAACCAAAGACCGCUGCACUAGGAAUAAGAAACAAGGAAAAUGAUUGCAGUGAGAUCUACAAAGAUUCGCAAAUUCAGGAGAAUCGGUUGAUGGGAGAACUGAAAAGAUGGUGGGAGGAAGUUGACCGAAAUACAAAGAAUAUCGGUGGCGUGCCGCUGAACGAACACGAAAGUGAGGAGAUUCAUAAUUGGCUGAAGAGGCAAAAGGAGAAGGACACCCAGGCCGGCAAGGCCAAGCCAAGGUGCGCUGGUCCUAAGGACAAGGGCACCCUGAAGCUCCAGAGCCUGGACGGCAUUUUUCUGACAUCGGGCCUAACGAGCAACCGAGCGCCCUCGAGUCGCGGCCUGCUGGACGCCCUGUGCGAUCCUUUGCCCAGGCUGAGAAAGAGGGUUCAUCGAAACCCCUCCGGCUUCCCUCCUCUAACUGAAAAUAUCAUUGGUUCUGGCUGUGGCCAUGGCAUCAUACAACAUCCCGAGCCUUGUCGGAUUCCUUUGCUGGGGCCGAACAUCUUUGUGCGCCAGAUACUGCCACGUCUGAAGCCGCUGAGUAUUAACGGCAACCUGAGGGUUUACUGGCUCGACGCGAUGUUCUCGUCGACCACAUUUAGCAGGAGAGGCUACACCAGGGACGAAUCAGGUAGAUAUUCGUCCUUGGUGUGGCCCUAUGCUACAUUUGGUGGCACGAACUCCGACGACGAGUCUCAGAAAUAAUUCAAAAGUGCUUCGAACAACGCUCAUUGCCAACGUCAAAAAUUGCAUUGUUUUACCUCAAAAAAUGGAAACAAAAACACUUAAAUUUAAAUUAAAACUAAAUAAAAGAUAUAUUUUGUGGUAA